UGCCGGGGGGGGCCCCCACGACAGCUUCGUGUGGGGCCCGAACUGGGGCCCGAGGGGCGCGGCCCCAGCCCGGGAGGAGGGGCCUGUGCGAGGGGGGCCGCCCCGGGGGCUGAGCCGGGCAGUGGGGGGCCCGCGCCGAGGAGCCGGGGCGGAGCUGCUGGGCCCGCCGGCCACCGAGGGGAGCGUGGCUCCUGGGCUCGGGGUGGGGGGUGGCAGAGUCGCAGCUGGCUGGGAAUCGGGGCCGGUUUCCUGUCUGGAAGGGAAGGGGCCCGCCGAGGGGAGCGGGGGCGGCCGCAGACAGACACUCCCCUGCCCCUUCUUCUGGGAAAGCGAGGUAACCGCCCGCGUGGGGCCGGCUGGACGGGGCUCGAGGUCGCCCGCGGUGACUCCGGGGGGGCAGCCGAGCCGCGUCCGUGCGCUUAGCCCCCCUCCCCGGCGUCCCGAGCCCCUCUCCGCCCACUCUCUCCGCCGGCUCAGACGGAGCCAGAACCCGUCUCGGAAAAUUCCAGCCUCGGUACCCAGCCCGGGACUCCGCAGAACCUGCACGAGGCGGUCCCCUCCCUGCCCCCUUCCAGCUGUGCCUGCCCCUCACGCGCUGGCCGUCCCGUACACAGAUUCUCUGUCCGCCCGGCCGGGCUGUGGGCGGGGGCCGGGGAGGGGCCGGAGUCGAAUGAAAGGGCCCUUUUCUUCCACAGCUGGGAGAACAGCUGCCACCCCAGCGAGCCUGGGACACUCCGUGCCCAGAGCCCCCUCUGCAGCCCGUGCUCGGCGCGCUUCUCCUUCGUCCCAUGGCCGGCCCUCGCCGGGGCCCGGGAACUGCAGCGGGCGAGGAAAGUUAGUCCCUGCAGCCGGGGGCGGGGGCGCGGGGCAGCGGCUGCCCCGGAGCUGCCCGCGUGUGCCAAGGCCAGGGGAGCCGCGGGACGAGGACUCGGAGUCCCGGUGGUGGUGGCUGGCGGCCCGCACCGUCUCCGGAGGGCCCGUCAAGGGAAGGGGCGCCGGGGCACAGAGAUGCAGGACAGAUUGCACAUCCUAGAGGACCUGAAUAUGCUCUACAUUCGGCAGAUGGCGCUCUGCCUGGAGGACACGGAGCUGCAGCGGAAGCUGGACCAUGAGAUCCGGAUGAGGGAGGGCGCCUGCAAGCUGCUGGCAGCCUGUUCCCAGCGCGAGCAGGCCCUGGAGGCCACUAAGAGCUUGCUGGUGUGCAACAGUCGCAUCCUCAGCUACAUGGGCGAGCUGCAGCGGCGCAAGGAGGCGCAAGUGCUGGGGAAGAAAGGCCGGCGGCCUUCGGACAGCUGCUCGCCCGCCCCUCGCUCCCCCUGCCGAGGCCGGGUCUGCAUCUCUGACCUCCGGAUCCCUCUCAUGUGGAAGGACACAGAGUACUUCAAGAACAAAGGCGACCCGCACCGCUGGGCCGUGUUCCUGCUGCUGCAGCUCGGGGAACACAUCGAAGACACGGAGAUGGUCCUGGUGGACCGGACCCUCACGGACAUCUCCUUUCAGAACAACGUACUCUUUGCCGAUGCAGGGCCAGACUUUGAGCUGCGCCUGGAGCUGUACGGGGCCUGUGUGGAAGAGGAAGGGGCCCUGACGGGUGCCCCGAAGCGGCUGGCCACCAAGCUCAGCAGUUCUCUGGGCCGCUCCUCAGGGAGGCGUGUCCGGGCAUCGCUGGAGAACGCUGGAGCUUCCGGGAGCAGCCCCAUCCUGCUCCCCACCCCGGCCGUGGGAGGGCCUCGGUACCACCUCCUGGCCCACAGCACACUCUCCCUGGCCGCGGUGCAGGACGGGUUCCGCACACACGACCUCAGCCUCGUCAGCCAUGAGGAGAACCCUGCCUGGCUGCCCCUCUACGGAAGCAUUUGCUGCCGCCUGGUGGCGCAGCCUCUUUGCAUGACUCAGCCCACUGCCAGCGGCCCCCUCAGGGUGCAGCAAGCUGGGGAGCUGCAGGACUGGAAGCGGGUACAUGGGGUCCUGAAAGGCACAAACCUCUUCUGCUACCGGCACCCAGAGGACGCGGACACUGGGGAGGAGCCGCUGUUUACUAUCGCAGUCAACAAGGACACUCGAGUCCGGGCUGGGGAGCUGGAGCAGGCGGCAGGCCGGCCCCUCACCCUGAGCAUCAGUAACCGGUACGGGGGGGAUGAGGUGACACACACCCUCCAGAUGGAGAGUCGGGAAGCCCUGCAGCACUGGAGGGAGGCUCUGUGGCAGCUGUUCUUUGACAUGAGUCAGUGGAGGCAGUGCUGUGAGGAAAUCAUGAAAAUCGAAACCCCCACUCCCCGGAAACCCCCGCAGGCACUGGCCAAGCAGGGGUCCUUGUACCACGAAAUGGCUCUUGAGCCGCUGGAUGACAUCGCGGCGGUGACAGACAUCCUGGCCCAGCGGGAGGGGUCCAGGCUGGAGACAGCCCCGGCCUGGCUAGCCAUGUUCGCGGACCAGCCCGCCCCGCCCCGCCCCUGCUCUCCUUCCACCCACCCCCCGCCCUGGGGGCGCCCCCGAACACUCUCCUUGGACGCUGCCCCUCCAGACCACUCCCCUGGGGCUUCCCGCUCCAUUGCCCCUCGGCGCCCACCGAGACCCCCACAGUCCAGAGGCCUCUGCAGCAAAGGGUCCCCCCACACAUGGCUCCAGUCGGCUGUGUGAGAGCGGCGGGCAGCGGGACUGCUCGAGAAAACGGCGUCUGUGCAGCUGGAUGAGGGAUGGGGCAGCGCCGGGGCAGGUGAGCUAGGCUCCCGGUGCGGCCUCCCCUUCCUCUGCGGACUGGGGGUCCCAUCUUCAGCUGUGGGUGCCGUGGUGCGAGGGGCUCGCUUGGGGGCCCCUUCCCCCCAACCCCUUCCUGGGAGAAAACUGGAACCCAACCUGCCCGAUGUCCCUACACUGACCGCGUGUGGAGACGGCACUGAGGGGCCUGGAGGAAGCACCGCCCGCACCCCCACAUCGCCAUUAAAGUAUUUAACAGCCA